GGAUAGCUGGUUAUCUGCAAGGAGCCUGGAAUGGGGGUAGGAUUUUGCUUGGGAAACAUCUGUGGGUGUUCCAUGGCUGCAGCAGCUGUUUGCAGAUGGUGUUAGGCAGACAGAAGGAGUGGUAAAAUCAAGGACACGAUCCUGUAGAACUUCUGGAGAAGGCUGGGAGGAGGAAAUCUCGGUGGAGGAAAGUGGGAAGGAGUGAAACUGAGGCAGAAGCUGCUCCGGGUGUUUGUGGGCACGGAGGGCAGAGCAGGGUACCCCAAAGAGCCCACACCAGGUGUGCCACAGGGGCUGUUCCACAGCCUGCUGUGCUGGCACUGCCCAGGGCAGGGCUGUAAGUACAGACUGUAAUGCUGGCUUCUCACAAAUACUAAAAAAAAAUUAUUCUAUAUGUAUAAUGUGAAAGUAACUUUGCUAUACAGUUUUUAUUUCUGCUGUUAACUAAACUUAGACAUGGUAUGGAAACAGCUGAUACACUUAUGCUUGUGAUAACUGAACUGCCUGCUCAGCUGGGAUAACACCCCAUGAAUGUGUGAUGAAGACCCCUGCUGCUAUCAACACCUACUGUCUGUAAAAUUAUAGACCAAAAUGCAGACUGAAGUGAUAAAAAUGGACUGAAACCACAGCAGGAAAUGUGCAUGCUCUGGAAAGGUGGACCAGAUGCUAAACACUUCUUAGAACAUGCAAGCUAGUUUGGGAAAAGUUUAAAUAUGCAUAAUUAUGAAUAUGCAGUAGGCUGAUGCAAUAGAAAAAGUAUGUUAAGGGUUUCUCUGAAAUAGCAGGUGUGCUCCUGGCUGAAUGCCAAGCACCCAGCUGUUACCUUUAUUUUUGUAUCCUACUGUCCUUUAUUUGACUUAAAUUUUACCAGGGAAGUGAACCUCGUUUUUCACAGCAGGAACGAGGAGGGACAGCGGGAUACGGGCUCUGAGGGGACAGCAGGACUGGGAGGGAAGCGGGGUCAGCUGAGGAUUUAAAACUGCUCUGUGAGGGGAUGGCAGCGGAGCUCUGAGCUGUGGCAUGGAGAGGGACCAUACACUUUGCAGAGGGAUGAAAUGACAGGGGAAAACCAUCCCUGCUGAUGCCAGGAGGCCACUGAGGGGAGGGAAAAGGCGAGGCCGGGCCGGAGAGGCCUCGGCCCUGAGGGGCCGCCCGCCAUGUUGUUUGCCGUCUCCAUAGCAACCACCGCGCCGGCGCCGCCAUCUUGUUUGCCGUCACCACAGCAACGCCCGCCAUCUUGUCCGGCGCUCCCCCAGCAGCGCUCCCGGCCGGGCCGAGCCGAGCCGUGCCGGGACCAUGGCGGGCGCAGGCCGGCUGCACGACCUGGACCUCAGCGCCGAGGAGGCGGAGCGGCUCCAGCGCGCCUUCCGCGACGAGCGCUUCCGCGCGCUGUUCGCGGAGUACGCGGCCGAGCUCGCCGACCCCGAGCAGCGCCGGCUGUACGAGGAGGAGGUGGCGGCGCUGGAGCGGGAGCGCGGCGUGGAGGUGCGCUUCGUGCACCCGACGCCGGGCUUCGUGCUGCGCACCAGCCAGGAGGGCUCCCGCCGCUGCUACAUCAAUGUCUGCAGCAACCCGCUGGUGGGCGAGCCGCGGGCCCGCGCCGAGCGCGGCGGGCAGCGCUGGGAGCUGCCCUACAGCCUGGCCCCGGGCCGCGAGGAGCUGCGCCCCGCCGGCCGCCGCCGCCUCCUGUACGACGUGGUGUUCCACCCCGCCGCGCUGCGCCUGGCCGCCCGCAGCGCCCGCUUCCGCCGCCUGCUCCGCGACACGGCGCUGGAGGCCGUGGAGAGCCACUGCGGGGUGCGCCUGGACCGCAACAACGCCGCCGUCCUGCGAGGCGUCUCCUACAAGGGCGUCCCGCAGGCGCCCGUCAUCCGCUCCCCGCUGCCCGGCGGCGCCCCGAAGCCGCCCGAGGACGAUGAGUCCAUCCCCUCUGAAUCUGCCACUGAUCCAACCUCUGACUUCCCUGCUGAACCUUCCACUGAUCCCAUCUCUGAACCUUCCACUGAUCCAGCCUCUGAACCCGCUACUGAUCCAACCUCUGAACCCUCUGCUGAACCUGCUACUGAUCCCAUCUCUGACCCCCUUGCUGAACCCACCACUGAUCCAACCUCUGAACCCUCUGCUGAACCUGCUACUGAUCCCAUCUCUGAACCCCUUGCUGAACCCGCCACUGAUCCAACCUCUGACUUCCCUGCUGAACCUUCCACUGAUCCCAUCUCUGAACCUUCCACUGAUCCAGCCUCUGAACCCGCUACUGAUCCAACCUCUGAACCCUCUGCUGAACCUGCUACUGAUCCCAUCUCUGAACCCCUUGCUGAACCCACCACUGAUCCAACCUCUGACUUCCCUGCUGAGCCUUCCGCUGAUCCCAUCUCUGAGCCUUCCACUGCUCCCAUCUCUGAGCCCCCCGCUGGUCCAGCCACUGACCCCCGCUCCGGGCCCUUCCCCGAGCCCCGGGGCCCGGCCCUGCCCUGCUCCGGUGCCGCUUCCCUCACGGCCAGCCCGGAGCCGGCCAUGCCCUCCGAGGGCCAGCCCAGCGAGAUGGCCGCCUGCCCUCCCUUCCGUGCCCGGCAGGACGAGGUGUCCCUCACGCUGCUGCUGCAGGUGCCCGGCAUCGAGCCGCAGAGCCUGCGCGGGGCCGUGGGCGGCCGCCACUACAGCCUCCGCUUCCGCACGGGCAGCGCGGCCUUCGGCCUGUUCCUGCGGCUGCCCGGCGCGCUGCUGUCCCCCGAGAGCGCCGUCAGCGUCUCGGCCCACAACGCCGUGCUGCGGCUCGCCAAGGCCCCCGGCAGCACCGGCCUCUGGGACAAGUUCAGCUUCGGCCCGGAGCCCUCCGCUCUGCAGGAGAGAUUGUUUGUCAGUGAGGAGAACGUUGAUGGAUUUCUAGGCACUGCUUUCUGCCCUUCCCCUUGCUCCCAAUCAGCCCUGGAAAGCCAGCCAUUAAUUGAAGUGCUGGAUGUUACUGAGGACAGAAUUCAAAUCAGGGUGGAGCCACAGGAACGUGAGGGACAAGGAGCACUUGGCAGCUCAGGGGGAGCCCACAGCCACAACCCCGAAACCAAGGCAGAAACAAAGCGUCCCGCAGCCGAGGGAGCUGCUGCAGGAGCCAGCCCAGCUCCCACAGCCGCAGCAAGGGGAAGAGCAGGCUGUGCCUCACCCCAUUGUCUGCAGCACGAACCUCCUGCCACCGGCUCAGCGAGUCCCGGCGGAUCCGGCCGAGCGCAGCCCGAUUUAGAAAGUGCUGCAGCAGCAGCAGGCACAGCCCUGGGCCUGGGAGCAGCAGCAGGGCUGCAGGGCCGUGGGGAUGGGCCUGGGGAGCAGGGGGCAGCCCCGGGGCCGGGCAGCAGGGCAGGGUCCCCCGUUCUGCGGGAGGUGAACCCCGAGGACGGCAGCGUGCGGAUCCUCCGCGAGCACCGCGCGCGCUGCCCGCUGCGCUUCCACAGCCCCCUGCUCUACGAGCUCGACUAGCCUCUGUGUUUCACCAUUUCCUUCUCUUGUUCCCUGCCUGUUCUGACCUCCACGUGCUGCUGCAGGACACAGAACCCACGAGUUCUGUGGUGCAACAGCACAACUUUCCAUUCUUAACAGUUUAACAAUUUUCUAAUCGCAUCCAUGGUAAUAAUUUUACUUAUAAGAAAAGUUGCUGUUGGAGGUGACUCUGAGCUCCUGGAAAAAAAAAAUGUAUCUUUAUUGUUUACAUAAAUUUUUUUAUUCUCUUCCCACGUUUCAGGGAUUAUUUGUAUAUAUCCUCAGUCUAAUGGCUCCCUCGGGAAUUGAGCAGUAGUCAUCAUUUUUCAAACCUUUCAUUUGGUGAUAACUGCGGGAUUAGACUCGCAGUGAUUCUUAGCAAUCAAAUGAAAUUUCUAAUUACCCGGAGAAGUUCUAAUUAGUCUCCUAGAAAUAAUCAACAUUUAUACCCUGUAUUCCAUCCCAGUGCUGUGCUUCAGAUCUGCAGCACCCAGAUAUCCCCCAGCUGAACAAAUUCCAUUGCACAAGAACAUCCUCUGGGUGCAUGUCUGCUCUCAAGUAUUUACAAUUGGUGAAAUGGAUUCUCUUUAGCCAGAUUUAGAUUUAUUUUUCUCAGUUUCCCUCGAGUUUCAGCGUUUCUCCCCUCCCUAAAGCAGAAUAACCAAGAGAACACAUCUAAUAAUAAAUUUCCUGUUCCCCUUUCUCACUGCUGCUGAACCAACUUCUGGUUUUGUUUGAGAGGUGCUUUAAUUUUGCCUCGUUCCAGGGCUGCUCUGUCACAUUUCUGUGUGAAACACCAGUUUGUGUGUGUGGUUUCAGAGUUCAGCAGCAGCCACAGCUGCCCAGGACGCUGCCCUGCCCUCCCAGGUGGCACGAUCCUGCUGGAGCUUGGCUGGGCUCAGCUUAACCCUGGCAGCUUUUUGGGACAGGUCUCCAAGGGUGAGGCACCAGCACAGCUUCAGCAGCAGCCCCGACCAGUGGAACAGCACACGGAGCAAUUACCUUGCAAAACUGUGGUUAAAUAACCCCUGGAAAAAAGCAAAAAGCAGCAUUUUUUUUGGUCUGACAUAUUUCUGUGCGCUACAAAAGCUGCUGGGUGCUUCUGGCACAGCUGAGUUCACAGAGGGGUGGCACUGAAGCUGCUGGAGCGUUCACAGACAGCUCUGUGGCCCCAGCUCAGCCCCUUCCCACCACCCAGUUUUCACACAGCUGAUUUGAAACAACUUCUUAAAAAAAAUCCAAACAAAAGAGAUGUUGUGCCACCAAUUUGCUACUCUUUUCUGCCUCAAUUAAUGAGUAUCAUUAAAA